AUGGACCAAUUCUGGAACCCAUCGCAAUUCACAACAGCCAACAAGCCAUUCAGUCAUAAUACCGAAUCUGUAAUCAACAAGCUUCCCUCACCUCCAUACUCGACUUUAUCUGACAUGGCUUCAUCCUGGUCAGUAUCUAACGAAGCUAAUCCAGGAACGAUUGCAAGGCAACGCAACAAUCAGCAGCACCGCCCAGCUCACUUUUCUCAAACUCAGCAAAUCCAAUCGCAUGCAAUGGCAGCUCCUGCACUAUACAGUCGCUCUAGUGAUGAACAGCCACAAGGGCGAAUACUCAGCAACACCCGAGUUGACCCAACAAGCUACAACGACGCUGCUUUACUUGAAGGAGGGUCAGCACAACAGACCUUUUUCUUGCCACAAAACCAGUCACAGCGAUCUAGUGUUAACAUGACCUCACACCAUCCUAUGCAAGCAACAUCCACCUUGCAUUCACAGGGAUCUUCCAUUUUGUCCACUUCACAGCCAAUGCAUUCAUCUAGACCAACCUUUCACCAACCAACCCAACAUAGGUCACAGAUGCCACCUCACAAUCAAUACCAACAGCAAUCGACUCUAUUGACAUCACCACUCCGUCCUCGUUCUUUGGCAGCUCUCAGGGCUAAAGCGCGAUCCUCGUCACAUCUAAACUCUGUUUCGACAGCAGCCAUUGCAGCAGCAAAAACAAGUAGUACAGUAGAUGACAAGGAAGCAUUGCGGCGAGUGGUGCAUUGUGCAGUAGAACGAGAGCGUCGAGAGAGAAUCAAAGUCAAGUUGGAUGAACUCAAGGCGGUUAUUCCAUCUUGUGCCAGUAUGGCUUCCACCCAAAAGAUUGUGUUGUUGGAAAGUGCAGUUACUUAUAUCAAGAGUCUUGAGAUGCUCAUUGGAGAUUUGGAAUCAAGAUUGAGUCAAUAUGAAGGCACUAGUAAUGUGUCUGAAGAAAGAUCGCCGCCGUUUAGUGAGACUCAGUUAGUGGAUAGAUACCCUCAGACUGAUGCGGCUUCGGCUGUUGAUUAUGCAUAUAGUCCAACCAGUGCCAACGAUCAUCCGCAUCCGCACCUUCAUCAUCCCUAUCAACGACCACGGCAUUCACACUGCACGUCCUCACCCGAAUCUAGCAUUGCACAACAGGCUCAGCAUUCACAUGCAUCACAUACAAGGGUAAAGUCGGAACAGCUGAAUCUUAAAGGUCCAAUGCACACACCCAACAACACUCAUGGUCGUUUGUUGGCACCCACUCUAAAGCCAAAUGUUGCCAAUGUGUAUUCUGCCAACACUGCACUUGUCACCACAGAUGGAUCGUGGGAAUACAGGUCAAACUAUCAGAAUCCACACCAGCACACUAACCAUGCUCAACAGCAUCAAGAACCCACUAUAAAUCAACAGCAAUACCCAACACAUUCUCGUCGGACUUCCUUCUAUGACAGUGACAUAUCCCCUGUGCAUUCACCAAAGAACUUGUUGUCUGUCGGUAGUCUAAUUACUUAG